CCACCUGUAAAGUUAACCAAGAAUGUUAUUUAAUCUUCAGGGAUUGUAGUGAAAACAGUAAAGAGUAAACGUUAGAUUUCACGGGGUCCUUUAGAGGAGAUUUAAAUAUAUCGAGAUAUAUAUCGUAUAUCGUGAAAUGGAGAAAACGUAUCGGGAUAUUCAUUUUUUCCCAUAUCGCACAGCCCUACUUGAGACUGUAAAAGACCUUAGAUGUAAAGUGAAGAGCAACAGCAAACAAGCGAUGCAUGUAAGUGCAUUUUCUGGCAAUUUAAAAAAAAAAUUAUCUGAUGUAUAAUUCCACCGAUGAUGAUCAUACAGAAAUCGGCGCACACUUGGGUUACGAGAUUCUUAGUACAAGAUCAGUUUUAUAAAAUGGCACAAUAAUGUGUUUAAAAGUUGACACGCGCACAAAAAAAGAAAAAUCCAAGCAAUUCCCUGUUCACAUUGACUUCCGCAAUGAUUUUGGACAUCAUGUCAAAAGAGUACAGUGUCUGAGAUGAAAAUCUUCGGCUUUUCUAAAUGACCAUGGACGCAGGAGCAGAUGUGCAGCAGGGCAGUGAGACAGCUGUCUCUGAGACAGACACGCAGCAGAUUGCCACCCUGGCGCAGCAGGCUUCCAUGGCAGCGGGCCAGGCCUCAGCGACCGGGCCCACCGUCACGCUGGUACAGUUGCCGAAUGGUCAAACGGUGCAGGUUCAUGGGGUGAUCCAGGCCGCACAGCCGUCUGUCAUCCAGCCUCCCCAGGUCCAAGCCGUACAGAUCUCCACCAUUGCUGAGAGUGAGGACUCUCAAGAGUCAGUGGACAGUGUGACGGACACCCAGAAGAGGAGGGAGAUCCUCUCCAGACGACCCUCAUACAGAAAAAUCUUAAACGAUCUCUCGUCGGACACUCCAGCUGUGCCUCGGAUAGAGGAGGAAAAAAACGAGGAGGAAUCAACACCAGCCAUAACUACAGUCACCGUGCCCACCCCUAUUUACCAAACCAGCAGCGGACAGUACAUUGCCAUCACACAAGGAGGAGCCAUCCAGCUGGCCAAUAACGGCACAGACGGCGUUCAGAGCCUGCAGACUCUGACGAUGACGAACACAGCGGGGAACCAGUCAGGCGCCACCAUCCUGCAGUACGCUCAGACCAGCGACGGCCAGCAGAUCCUGGUGCCCAGUAACCAGGUGGUGGUGCAGGCUGCAUCCGGCGACGUACAGGCGUAUCAGAUCCGCACAGCAGCCUCAGGCAACAUGACUCCCGGGGUGGUGAUGGCGUCGGGUCAGGGAGGUGCCGAGGAGGCCACGCGCAAGAGAGAGGUCCGCCUCAUGAAGAACAGGGAGGCAGCGCGAGAGUGCCGUCGCAAGAAGAAGGAGUAUGUGAAGUGUCUGGAGAAUCGCGUGGCCGUGCUGGAAAACCAGAACAAAACCCUCAUCGAGGAGCUGAAAGCACUUAAGGACUUGUACUGUCAUAAAUCGGAAUAACACAUUCACUCAUUCUCUCACACACACACACACACACCACGCGCACACACACAGCAGACAUAUUGCGCUUUUCCCCAGGUCCUACUGAGACAGUGACUCUUCCCUUUACACAGGCACCUGGGCAGCAGUCUUUUCUUUUCCUGCCUGUCUUUUUUUUUUUUUUAAAUAUAAAAAUAUUGGCGUAUAAGAAAUGAGAAGGCCAGAAAAAUGUAAAUGCAUUAAUUGUCUUCUGUAUUUAAAAAAAAAAAAAAAGACCCAACCUUUUAAAAGAGUAAAAUGACACGUAAAACUCCAAAGUGACCCAACAGAUGUGUUAAGAGGCAUCACGGACACAAAAACAGGACUGAUUUCAUCUCAAGUCCUUCUCCAUGUUUGCGGUUUCAUUCGGAGAUUUCCCACAAUGCACCGGUGUUGGAUGGCCACGCCUCCCUUCAAUCAUGCUUAUAUUUUGGGAGACGGCGUUCGUCCGAUAUCACCAAGUGGGACUUCGGUGAAUUAACACGAACUCUGAUUCAUUUGAAUUUCUAUGUGCUCCUGUUACUAACACAUGAACCCUAUUUUGAUAUGGAAAAAUCUAUCGAAUAUGUAUGUUAUAUGCUCCUGUUAUGGAUUCUUUUGCCAAUUAUCCUGCACCUUUUCCUCUUUCUUUUCCCUUCCUGCAUCGUUGCGUUGUUUGUUGUGUUACAGGAAGUAGGACCUUCCAUCUAAAUCAGGAUAAAAGUGAUGAUUUCUAUCUACGAUGUACAAAAUACAGUUAUACGCUUUUCAAACGUAAGAGCUACACUUACUUGUAAAAUCAUUUUUAUAGAAUGUUGUAACACAUAUACUUAUUCGUACCAGUUUUCAUUCUCGAGCUCAUUUUAUUGUUGAUUUAUUCUUUAUCCAUGUCAUCUAACGGGACCCAAUCCUAAAACACUCUGUGCUGGAACUCUUUUCUUCUGAGUUCGCUUCACUGGGAUUAGAAAAAUCCUAGAUUUGAAAGAAAAAAAAAAAAAAGCCAAGCACCUUGUCCCUGUAUCUGGCACUCACUGCUGAAUUGAAAACCCGUGUUAUAUUAUGUUUCUGUUUCCUGCCAUUGAAUGUAUACAUCUGAAACGAUAUUAUAUGCAUCUUAUUUUUAAAAUUGCUUUUUUUUUUUUCUGUAUACGUUGUAAUUUUAAUCGUGGUGCUUACACACAUGGAAUACAGUGCAGAAAUGCCUCCUG